CCAGCUGCUUUUCUUAAUUCUGCCCAGCACUUCCGUCCCCUGCCCUCACCUGCUCUCCCAGGACAGCUGCAUCCCGCUUGCCUGGCCAUGCGGUGGCUGUGGCCCCGGGCUGUCUCUCUUGCUGCGGUAUUGGCCGUGGUCUCUGGGGGUGCCCCCUCGACUUCGAGUGGGCACAGAGUCAAGACUGAGGAGCAGCCGAACAGACUCCGGAGAGGCACCGAGGAUGAGGAGCCCAAGAAGGUGCAGCAUUAUGUGCCUGAGGAGUGGGUCGAGUAUCCCCGGCCCAUCCACCCUGCUGGCCUGCAGCCCACUAAGCCAUGGGUGGCCCCCAGCCCCAACCCGGAGAAGGAUGGGUCCACCCCAGGCAGCGGGCAGGAGCCGAGGGGCAACCUGACAGGGAUGCCAGGGCAGAGACUUCAGAUUCAGAAUCCCCUGUACCCGGUGACCGAGAGUUCCUACAGCGCCUAUGCCGUCAUGCUCCUGGCCCUGGUGCUGUUUGCUGUGGGCAUUGUGGGCAACCUGUCGGUCAUGUGCAUCGUGUGGCACAGCUACUACUUGAAGAGUGCCUGGAACUCCAUCCUCGCCAGCCUGGCCCUCUGGGAUUUCCUGGUCCUCUUCUUCUGCCUCCCGGUUGUCAUCUUCAAUGAGAUCACCAAGCAGAGGCUGCUGGGGGAUGUUUCCUGCCGGGCCGUGCCCUUCAUGGAGGUCUCCUCCCUGGGAGUCACCACCUUUAGCCUCUGUGCCUUGGGCAUCGACCGCUUCCACGUGGCCACCAGCACCCUGCCCAAGGUGAGGCCCAUCGAGCGGUGCCAGUCAAUCCUGGCCAAGCUGGCCGUGAUCUGGGUGGGCUCCAUGAUCCUGGCCGUGCCUGAACUCCUGCUGUGGCAGCUGGCACAGGAGCCAGCCCCCGCCGUGGGCACUGUGGACUCGUGUAUCAUGAAACCUUCCGCCAGCCUGCCCGAAUCCCUCUACGCGCUGGUCAUGACCUACCAGAAUGCCCGCAUGUGGUGGUACUUUGGCUGCUACUUCUGCCUGCCCGUCCUCUUCACUGUCACCUGCCAGCUGGUGACGUGGAGGGUACGGAGCCCCCCGGGCAGGAAGCCCGAGUGCCGGGCGGGCAAGCACGAGCAGAGCGAGAGCCAGCUAAACAGCACUGUGGUCGGCCUCACGGUGGUCUACGCUUUCUGCACGCUGCCCGAGAACGUGUGCAACAUCGUGGUGGCCUACCUCUCCACGGAGCUCAGCCGCCACACCCUGGACCUCCUGGGCCUCAUCAACCAGUUCUCCACCUUCUUCAAGGGCGCUGUCACCCCGGUGCUGCUCCUGUGCGUCUGCAGGCCGCUGGGCCAGGCCUUCCUGGACUGCUGCUGCUGCUGCUGCUGCGGGGAUUGCGGCGCGGCCGCCCAGGCUUCGGCCCCCGACAGCCCGGCCAGCAAGCUCAAGACCGAGGUGUCUUCCUCCAUCUACUUCCACAAGCCCAGGGAGUCACCCCCGCUCUUGCCCUUGGGCACACCUUGCUGAGUCCAGACCAGGGUGGGGUGGGGACAUGGGGACCAGGGCUGAGCCGGUGGGGAGGAGGUGCCACCCUAGCUCAUCGGGGCAUCUGCUGAUUCUUUCCCAGAGAGGUUUUGCUUGGCUGCCCGUCUUGCUGUUUAGGGGUGAACUCCGAUUGUUUUGUCAAAGUUUGGGCUUGUUGAAGCCCAACUCCCCCCCACACACACACCAAGGAGGGUCAUUCCUGUCCUCUGAAGGACCUACCAGCCCUGUCCUUUCCACGGGUGGACAAUGAUCUUUCCGGGACCUUAGCACUGCCCAGGAUCUCAGUCCUGCCAGCUGGGAACCAGGAUCGGGCCUUCCUUCUCUUGGCUGCAGCCUGACUUCCCUCUUUGGCAUUGGAACCUGACUGUAGGUUCACCAAGCUCCUUCCUAGGCAUCACUUCCCCGCCCCUGCCUGGACCCUAUUCUGGGACAGAGGCUUCUUGGGGGCCCAGCCCAGCCAGGCUCAGAACGCUGUUCUCUUCUAGAGGAUUCUCUUACCUCUGUCCUUACCCCUGGUUCUCUUGUCCAAAUCCCCCUCUUAUUAGGUGCUUUUCUAUAGAAGGCUCCUCUGAAAAUAAAUAAACUAGGUAGCACUACCCCCGUGCCUUCCGCACUUUCUUGUGCCAUGUCUAGCAGCAUCCAGACGCACACCCAGCCCUUCCCCAGCGCCAGGCAGUGCCCUAAUAAUGCUUUUGCCUCUGGCCCCCUGGGGUAGCUGUCCUGCCCAAGGUAGGAGGACUCCAAAGAUAGUGUGGGACAAAGAAAAGGGAGGCUUGGAGAACGGGGGGGACUAAGUCCCUAUCCAGAGCUAAGCCCAGGCAGCCCUGGGAAAUCACAGGCUACCCACUCGCCUUUCUGGAGCCCCCACCUUCAUUUUCUCUUUCUCUCCACAAAGCUCCUAUUUGAGGGACUCCGGAGGCCUUCCCUCUGUGAGCCACGGGGCUUCCCGGCCUUCCUCAUUCUGACAGCAGCUCUUGUUCAGUUUCACAGAAUAGACUGUUUGGCCUUUGGAUGGCCCAGCUGCCUGUCCCUUGCCUGCCCCUGCCCUACCUCCCAUGCCACCCUUCCCACCAGGGAGUUCCACCCUAGGUCCUCAGCAGACCCCGCACUUCUUCCUGCUGGCCCUUGUCCUUGAAGUCACUUCCCCCAGCUCCAUCCCUGAGGUCCUUCCCAAGGGCCCCCUUCACCCUGCGAACUGGGCGGGAUAUGAGCCAUCAGCCCGGCUCUCUUUGGAACUGCCCUCCCUCCCCAGGAGCCCAGCCCUCUAUCUGUCAGAGACUCCCGCCCAUUAUGCCUAGUAGCAUGGGUCCCUAGGGGCAAGGGUUCUUGAGUGACCGUCUCUAUUCCCCUCUGUCCAUCCACCCACACCCCUGAGCCUCAGCCCACCCAGUGCCCAAGUCUCCCUCCCCAUCACUAGGGAUCUGAACAGCCUUGUUCUUGCUCCCUGGCACCCACCCUCCAGGGCUGGUGAUGUCGGCCAAGAGAGAGGGAGGCUGUUGCUAGGUGAUGGGGCUGCCAUGUGCACUCCCUUUGUGCUGGGGAAUGACACCCACCCAUUUCUCGGCAGACCUGUUGCUACAGUGACCAACACCCCCCCCCCACCUCCCCACAACCCCGCUUUGUCUUUAGAAAGCUGGUGGUGGAGUGGCUGAAGAGGGGCAAAGGUGGGCUUGUGGUUUUGAAGCCAGAGGGGACAAGGCAUGUUUCCCCUUCUUUGCCCCCCACCCCAGCCCUGCAUGCACCAAUAGUUUCCUAAGGGAGGCAGAAGGGGGCCUGGGUGAAGUGAGGUGAAGUUGGGGACAGAGAAAGGGCUGAGGAUAGAAGGCUCAAGGGGAGGGGAGGUGCUGCCAUAUCCUGUUUGGGGGCCUUUUCUACAAAGGGCCACCCUCUGGCCCUCCUUCCUGCUGGCUGGCCGGCUCAGAGCUGAAGGGGGAGAGAUGGUGGCUUCUAGACCUUGCUGCCGCUACUCCCUCCCAGGCCCGCCAACGUGAAUGGCUUAUAGAUUAGUCAGCAGGCCAGCCGGCCUUGGGAAAGAGCCACUGUCCCUUUAGC